AUGGGUUGCAUCCAUUCCACUAUCAACGGGUGCAACAACUUUUUCCAAGAGACGAAAUACAACGCAUCACCUUUUGCGAAGAUUGGGCCAUAUUUCCUUCCGCCGCGUCUCAACGGACAGACGUACGCGCAGUUCAUUGAAAAUGAAUUGCCCGUACUUCUGGAAGAUAUACCUUUACAAACGCGGCUAAGGCUGAUUUAUCAGCAUGAUGGAGCUCCCGCACAUUAUUCCCGUCGUACGCGGGAAAUUUUAGAUGCGCGAUAUCCUGACAGGUGGAUAGGUCGUGGCGGCCCAAUCAAUUGGCCAGCACGUUCGCCAGAUUUGAACGUACUGGACUACUUUAUUUGGGGAUACAUAAAAGCUGCGGUAGAACAUUGUCGCAAUGGUACCGAAGAUGAGAAUAUUAUGUUGCAUAAUACUUCUUGGGCUUCUGACUACCUGAUGGUGUUCAAAGAGUGCAAUUUACUUAAGAACAUCGAAUUGAUUGACAUUGCGCGAAUGCCAAAAGCUACAGAUAUUAAGAAAUUAAUUUUUUCAUCAUACAAAAACUUGAACUCGACCUUGAAAAAAUAUCAUCUAAACGGUUUCGAAAAUUUAAAAUCUCUGAGAAUAGAGAGCUACAACAUACACCAUGUGGACAAAGAUCUGUUAGCCAAUUCGCAAAAAUUACAGACCCUUUACAUAACAAACACCAACUUAAAAUCUUUGGCCGUUGAAUUUUUUGAUUUUACCCCCGAAUUAAAUUGGCUCUAUUUGAGGAAUAACAGUUUGAGACGGAUAGAAUCCACCACAUUUGAUAAGCUGACAAAUUUAAUACAUCUGGAUCUACGUAAGAAUUAUUUAACCGAGUUCCCAGCGGGCAUUUUCGACAAACUUGUCGCUCUGAGACACCUCGAUGUGUCAAUGAAUGACUUAUCCAGUUUACCAGAAAAUAUAUUCGCAAAGCUGGAAAACCUUAACAAUCUUUUUCUAGAAGGGAACAAUUUUACAAAUCUGCCAAAAGAUCUUCUACAGAACAAUACAAAAUUGGCAAGAGUUUACUUAAAUGACAACAGUAGAAAUUUGACUUUAUUGGAUGGAUUUUUUAGCAAUUUAACGAAAGUGAAACAUUUGAAACUGAUGAACAAUGGACUAAUCACUUUACCGAAAGAUCUCUUUUGGGGAUCAUCGUCGCUGGAAGAGAUUGUAUUGAGUAACAAUUACCUCCAAUCUUUGCCCGUAAAAAUAUUUCGAGAUUUGUCAUACUUAGAAAUAUUGGAAUUGGAUUCUAAUUAUCUAGAAGCUUUACCGGAUAAUAUUUUCAACGAUACCGGUUUAUUAAAUAUAUUGAAUUUAUCAAAUAAUUGCAUUACUACCAUUUCUGA